AUGUCGCAAAACGCGCCUGGUUCGUCCUUCAGGGCACAACAAAUGCCCGUUGGGACACCCCCUCCUGCGGGGAACACUCCUAGGCCUUUUGUAACAAAUUUCACCUUGCCUCCGCCUGCCGUGAAGAUCCCUGCUAAGAAAACUGCUGUCGAAGCGUCGCCCAAUGCUGCUAAGAAACCUUCGACAAAGGUAAGUCGAAAACCCCCAACAAUCCAAAAGAGAAAGAGUGAAGAGGAAAGAGAGGAGGAUAAAGUCCCUAAAGAAGAGUCUGGUGACGAAUCUCCAGAGUUAAUCCCUCCCCCUCAGAAGAAAAAUAAACUCACGAAGGUCUCUUCCCAAAGAUCCAUCCUUAAACCAACUAAGAAGGAUUCUGCCAGUACUCCUCCUGCUAAGCCUCAGUCGAAAGACACGGAGAGUGGGAAAUCCAGCUUCAAUACUGAGAUUCCUGAGGAACAAGUGGCUGUCGAAAGAACGCCUGAGAAAAUUCUGGAGGAAACAGCCCCAGAAGAAAAUCCUGCAUCUUUUCCUGACAUGCAAACUGUAGCAGAGUUCGACACUACAGUGGGUGAAGCUUCUGAAGAUGAAUCUCCUCCUUAUCAAGGAUUAAAUGCUGCAUCUCAGGGUGAUGAUAUUGACAUGGAAGCUGGGGUCGAAGAUGAUCCUGAAGACGAAACUGCCAAAGAUGGGGACAACCAAUCGAAACAUACAGAGGCUGAGCGUACUUCAGAGCGAAACAUUCCACCUGCUCCUGACCAGACCCAAGGGAGUAGCAAAUCGAAUGGUUCGACUAGUUUCUCUCGCGAGGAGCUUGAAAAUCUCAAAGUGCAGAGACCCUUGGAGUAUCUGAAGGCCAUGCUUAGCGCCCGUUUUAAUUUUCAAGAUUCUUCACAGAGCAGUUCGACUACUUCUGGGGCCACUUCUGAAACACCAUCGCUUGGCAGCAUCUUGACCAAAAUUAAAGCGAAAAUCCUUGAUGUUGAUUUGUUCAAAAUUUAG